CUCGACCACCUUCCUUCAUUGUCGUUUUGUCCAACACCGCUCGCUGAUCGGUCUGCUGUCGUCGUCGUCCGCUUCGAGCGCCGCCCUCUUAUGCUCAGCGUUCUCCGCUCAGUGUCCUCGCAGCAGCAACAGUCCAACGACUCCUCGCCUGCCAAAUUCUGGACCGUCCUUGGACUGAACAUCUCCCAGAGAGGCCCGGCAGACGCUCCCAGCCCGUCUCCCCUUGCGACAGAAGACAGCUUGCGUAGCUCGUUUACCAGACGAAGCGUAGACGCAGUCGCCCGUCCCAUUCAAAGGAAGCAUCACAGAGGGUCUUCGAGUCCUGUCAUUGAUACGUCUCCCGUCUCUCAAGCUCAGGACUGCCCAGCCCAGCCGGACCCUUCUUCUACGCUACCUGAAAUGAAGAACUCGAUGGCGACCCAGUCCAUGCCUACGCGGCGAAUUCCCUUUCGGGUUGACAACCAGGAUGGUCCGUGGACAGUCAGUGUCGCCGAGACGCCCCAUGACCACUGCUCGUACAGCAUCUACAUCAAGACGCCUACACAUAAUAUCACCUUGACUCGUACGGCGGUCGAGAUCGUCGAACUGCACGGGAAGCUACGCGAUUCACACCCAGGCUUCAAGAUGCCCCCCUUGCCUAUCGACGCAGCCUCGAUACCCGCACCGCCGAAACGCAAGUCAGUAUUCCUGAACACCCUCUCGCGAUUGGCAUCACCCUCCGCCAAAGCAUCCGGUCAGCGCCAGCUGUCUCGCCAGCCCUCAAUGACGUCCACAUCCACCGGAAACGCUGCAAGUAUUGCCAGCGCGUCUUCUUCCGCGCUGCCUACUCCACUCGCAUCACCGAAGAACGAAAUUAGUGAUCCGUUCAGCGACAACGAGGAUGAAGACGAUGUUCAGGCGCCUCUCACUACAGCCAAUAGUACCGUCACAGGUCUCGCAGCCUAUCUUACCACAGUCGCGAACGACUCUUUGCUUCGUCAGGCCCGCGUAUGGAAACGGUUCGUGAAGGUACGUACGGACGAUCUGCAGAGCGUUCGGGUGGAGCGCGCAAUCAAACGUGUCAGGUCCGAUCUGGCAGCGCACGUGAGCCCCGGGAGUUCGACGGACAUCAAUCGGUCAAUAAGUCAAGUGGUAUUGAACGGAGACGAGGAGAACACACACGAAUCGUCUGCACUAUCUGCACCGAGUACAAACGGCGUUCAAACCGCGGACAGGCCUCAGGCCACUCAAACCGAUGGUCCGGCGCAAGAGGAUAUCAAGGCAGAAGAUGUGAAAGACGGUGAAAUGGCGGCGCGGGUGGUGCCCGCUGACCUCCCGGUGCAGAGCGAUGCUUCGCAACAUGCAGAAGGGCCACGGGAGAGUGAGGACAAUGGUAUCGCUGAGGAUAGCACGGAUGAAGCUACAGUCGAGGGACAGGAUGAGGCGACAACUCCACGUUCCUCGAGGCCAUCCUCGCCUCAUGUGCAAGAUGCGUCUCCGGCGCCUGCGCCUAUCGAGACAAAAGCCGUUAUACGCCAGCCUAUCGAUGACGAGGAUGCGAAUGCUCCUGCCACGCCGAUGCCCUCGGACGGCCAUUCACACCGCAUCCCACGUUCACAAUCUGCUGACCCCAUGUCGCGUGCGUCCCGGACCUUCUUCUCUUCCCCGCUCCAGAGCCAGGCGAAUUCCUCGCGGACCUCGCAGAUUGAAGAGUCCACAGACGACUCGUCCAUCUCGACGACCGGGCGGCGCUCGGAGCGCAAGAAGCGGUCCAAAUCGAUGGAUCCACACAGCGAAAAGAAGAAGUCGCAGCGAAAGGUGGCCAUCAAUGACUUUGAGAUGAUGCGCGUGCUGGGCAAGGGUUGCGCCGGGAAAGUGCUUCUCGUUCGCCAUAAACCCACGCAGGACGUCUUCGCACUGAAGGCUAUUACGAAGAGGCACGUGCUUGCGCAUCAGGAGCUGCAGCAUACCUUGACGGAGCAGGCCGUGCUGAAGAGGAUGGCCGCAGAGGGCACCGACCCGUUCGUCGUCAAGCUAUGGUGGAGCUUCCACGACAAGGAGAAUCUGUUCUUGGUCAUGGAUUUUCAUCCCGGCGGAGAUUUGGCCACACAACUUGCCCGCUGGGGACGUCUCGGACGUGACCGCGCGAGGUUCUACGCGGCCGAGAUCGUCGAGGGUGUCGAAGGUCUCCACGCAGCAGGCGUGAUCUACCGCGAUCUGAAGCCCGAGAACAUCCUUAUCGGUGCAGAUGGACAUAUUGUGCUCACGGAUUUCGGUCUGUCGAAAGAGUUCCCCCGCCGAACCACAGCGAUCACUGCGCCUCCGACGCCGUCUGGCUUCCGCGGCGAGUUUACGAACGGGACACCGGCUCCUGCUGCCCCUCACUGGAUGAAAGCUAGCCAGGAGUUUGGAAACGCCUGGGCGCCGACGGGGCCGGCUGAUUGCACGAGCACGUUCUGUGGUACGGCUGAGUACCUAGCACCCGAAGUCAUCCAGGGACAGCCGUAUGGCUAUGAGGUAGACUGGUGGAGCUUUGGCACGAUGUUGUACGAGAUGCUGACUGGAAUCACCCCAUUCUGGGCCGACAACCAUUCUGAUAUGUACUACAGGGUAUUGCAGGACGAGUUACAGUUUCCAGAGGAUAGAACAAUGGAUCAGGAUACCAAGAGCUUGAUCCGCGGGUUGCUUCAACGCAAUCCCGCAUUACGGAUGAAGGAACCUCGAAUCAAGAAACAUCCUUAUUUCUCGAUGAUAGAUUGGUCGCAUGUGUAUUAUAAGCGAUACAUACCCCCAUAUAUUCCGCCGAUCGACCCGUCGAAUGCCAGCGACACCCAGAACUUCGAUGAGACCUUCCUGGAUAUGGAGCCUGUAAUCAAUGACGACAACGACAAUGAACAAACAGACACCGACCAGGAAGGUAACACCGACACUGAGCGUACCGAUGGCGAGGACUCUCUAGCCACACCCUCGCUGUCCCGCAGUCCGUCCGUGCAUCCCGAGGAGGAGGAGGAGGAUAGUGUGGACGCAUUCGAUGGGUACUCCUACAAGGGCCGGCACUCUAUAAUUCUGGACGAUGACGAGGAAGAGGACGCGGAUGAAGAAGACGAAGAAGAAGACGAGGAGGAAGACGAGGAGACUUCCAUCAGCGCAGCCAGCAUAGACAACAUCUGGUCGGAAGAGGAGUUGUCGAAGACUGUUGCAAACAGUGUCGAAGAGCUCCGCGAGGAUGCCAUAGUGGUAGAGGAAGGUCCCGAGCAUAAGACGCCGGAGGCGCGGCGGGCGGAAUUGCCGAAGCCUGCAGAGCCUGUAGCAUCGGAAGCGCCUGCAAGUCCGGUUGCAGAACAGAGUGUGGCGGAGAAGGUGGCGGAGAAGGUGGAAGUAGCUCAACCAACCGAGAAAGCAGCCACCGAACCAAUUGCUGUCGCCGCCGAGACAGUAGCGGUGCCACCUGAACUUGGCCCCGCCCCCGAGGAGAUCAAGCCGGUCAAGGCACAGGAGAGCAAGGCUGUCAAGACGAAGACGCAGCAACCUCGUGUCACCGCUGCUCGGCGAAAUGGACGUAGGGAGAAGUCAGGGAUCCCAGCAUUGGACCGCGAUCUCUCAGAUGCGCACGAUGAAGACGAACCCAAUGCGGACCAUGAUGAGGACGAUGAGUGGGACUUUGUCGAGGCAGAGGUCGUUGAAGAACGGAAUGGCGCAAAGGGGACAAGCUUGUUCGCACGCGGCGUUGUCGACCGAUACAAGCUCGCGGUCUUCCGCAAAUCAACGCCGCGAUGGAACGGCGGUCCUCGCGUUUUCGCCGGCAUCGCUGCUGACAGUGAUCUCAUCAGUUCUAGUACCGCUGACUCACCUCCACCCGCGGAGAAACGACGAGGAAGGGCCCCAGGGCUCACCUUCAGGAAGCAUCCAAAACAGUUUCUCCGUCAGAAAUCGCCUCAGGCUGCAUCUCGAACGACCCUGCCUUCAAAUCCGCUCUCACCCACAGCGUCGGCAACUCUCUCACCGUCGAGCAGUGGACUGCUGUCACCGUCUAUAAAUGGUGGCUCCACGUUACCACCUCCAUCGCUUAGGUCCAAGGAAUCCGCAGUAUCUAUGGGGUCUCCGAGCGAGUCAGAGCAAUCUGUCAAUGGCGAUGCAAGAGCUGCAGGUGAUGGCACGAUCAGAGGGUCUGCUGCGAUUGGCUCCGAAGACGACAAACAGAAGAACAAGGUCCUGAAGAAAUACAAGGAAGGAGCGGAAAAGGUCCUCUCCAUCUUCCAGUCGCCUCGGUAGCUUCCUCUCUCCUCUUUUUGCUCAAUCUUAUGCUACCUCUCUCCUGCGCAUUUUCUAAUAUUCACAUGCAUACACAUCUACUGGUUAUUCAAUCAAUUAGCAUACGCUCUUUCCUUCGGGGUUGUUUUCGUCUUCGCGCUCUGGACACGGAUCUUUGUUGCAGAAUCUCAUCUUCCACUCGUUAUCUGGCUUCUGUGUAUUGCAUUGCGGUAA